UAUCAAGACACGCGAAAUUAUCAACUAGGUUGGCAGCGUGACUUGUAAGUUGAGAUAAGCUGCUAACAUGACUUUGAGGCUGGGAUAGGCUGGUCACGUGGCUUUGAGGCUGGGAUAGGUUAACGCAUGACUUUGAGGCUGGGAUAGGUUAACGCAUGACUUUGAGGCUGGGAUGGGUUAACGGGUGACUUUGAGGCUGGGAUAUCGUUAUUUGUUACUAGCGUAUUAACGAAUAAAUGAUAAAACACUGCCAGACGCAUUAAUUUCAAUAAGUUUAACUACAACUUCAUUCACGAUCUGAUGUAGCAAAUGCAACAGAUUUGUACACGUAGGUCUAGCAUUUUACGUUACAAUGUUACAACCUUAUCACCCUUUUUAUUUCAAUGUCUACAUACGCACACAUAAACAUCAAGAAAGAAUGCUUCUAGAUGAAGAGCUACAUCAAGAAAUGCUAUCAGUCUGAUAACACAGCACUUUGUGUAAACAUUUCUCUUGAACUUAAUGGCUAUCUGUCUGACAACCAAUAUGUGCUACUAACAUAACAACAAUGUCCAGGCGCACGCUUGACCACGUGCCGCUGUUGCGCUGCAAGGAGGGCUGGGGAGCAUACCGCCAACUUCAGACCCUUCAGUGUACAGAUGUUCCCGCCCACUAACUGUCAGACAGUCAAAUUGACCAACCAAGUAUGAAGAAGACCCUCACACCUGGUGUCUGGGCGUGGCUAAACGAUCAAAUGAACAUUUCCAAAUGACGUCAAGGCAAUGGAGUGGAAAGAAAUUUGAACAUUUCUGUAUGCGUGCUAGUGAUAUCCAAGUGGAUUUCUUGGCCACAUAUAUAAACAGUGGUCUGAAGCAAUCAUCCUUCGAUUGCUUUCAUUUCGAUCAACUUUGAAUUAGAAGACACUACUUUGUGGAGAUAGAGCGUGAAAGUUGAACUCGGACUAUAACAUUUGAACUACUCUGAUUGUAAUACUAAUUAAGAUAUGAUUUAGUCGAGACUGUCUCUGUGUGUAUAGUACUGGAAUUCAUUUUUAAAAAGUUGUUGGCCUCAAAGAUUAUUUCGAUCAUUUUGUAAAGCAUUGUGUUGAUGUGAAAUGAAUCCCCUGAAAGUCAAGUGGUUCCAUACUUCUGCCAAGGCCAGAGUUUGCUACGCUUGGAUACUAGUGCGACUUGGAAUACAUCGCCGUGCUCCAGGACGUUUCCGUGCAAUCUUUUCUAAAGCUUCAGACUGGCUGGAGGCCACAGUUGAACAGCUGCUCUCUGGUACAACCAUGACUCGUCCACAUUUAGAUCUAUCUCAUGCUAUAACAUCUGUUCACACAGCUUAUAACGACCUACAACAGGAGAUGGCUGCUUUACAUUCUGGCAAGAAGAAUCUGAAAGAAAGUGUAGAAAAUGUUAAAGUCAAGUUUUUAGAUCUGCUGGAUGUUUGUGGUAUAAAAGAUGCAGACAUUCCUUUAUUUGAAGAGUUACAUAUGCGGCACAAACAUCAAACUCUAAUCACAAGUUUUGGAAUCAUGUUCAAAGGUUCAUCUCACAUGAAUCCACAAAGAAUCAACAGACAGGCAAGAUGCAACCCAACAAUCUAUGCUGAUAUGCUAAUAGAGCAACUGUUAGCUCAGGCUGGAUCUAAUGACUCUGACUCCUCUUCCCCUCCAGCUAUUGACUCGACUCCAGAACUGCCAAUUUCAGAGUCUUCUGGCUCCCUUGAUGUUCAAUUCGCAUCAUUGUUUGACAUGAUUGAGUCAGAUUUACCAACCACAACUUCCAACAGCUUUAGCACAUCUGAUGGUUACCCAAAAGCCAGUGAAACAUCUCCAGACAUUCCAUUACCAAGUCGUGAAGAAGAGUUACGAGAAAGAGAUGCUUAUUACUGUGACAUUACAAUAGACAGGCAACACAAGGUCGAGGACAUCAAGUCUCCACUUAGUCAGCAGUCCUAUACAGUAGAAAUACCUGAUGCAAGUAAACUAUUAGUCAGAACUGUGGAAGGGGCAGAAAGUUCUCCCAAGAAUGUAUUAUUUCAAACACCCCGAUCCUGUCUUCGAGCACCUAGGUCCUUUUCUCAUAAGUAUAGAGUCAGUCCAAUCAAAUCUCCAAGUAUGCGCAGACAACAUCAAUUUUACUCAAAUAUUACAUCAUCAUCAUCUUAUUCUUCAUCAGAACAAACACCCAGAAGAUAUUUACAUUACUACAAUCAGAAAUCAGCCAGCUACAGGUCAUGCACAACACAUCCAAUAGCUUCAUCAACAAUACUCAUGGACUCUGACUCUUCAAGUCCAGCUGGCAGUGUCUAUACAUGGUCAAUAGAUGAUGAUUCAAGUCCUAAUAACUUAGAAAAGUCCUACAUUCGCAGUACAAGUGAAAAAAAGAAGACACACAAAGCAAAGUCAUCUAGUCAUUCCUUUAAAUAUAUUAGAGCUAGUGACCCUAAUGUAAGCAUUCAUGAUGCUUCUCACUCUUUGGUUCCAUCAGACACUGAUUCUACCUCAGAAUUGCACUCUGAAUUUUCUCCCGUUGAUCGACCAUACAUCACAGGAAAAUCCAGUACUAGUGAUAGUAGUCUAUGUACAGCCGCCAGGUGUAGACCAAGGAGGACAUGUGAGAAAGUGACAAUUGUGGAAGACACUCUGCAGCCCAAUCAAGAACUUCUUGAUUCCAUUCUGACAGACAGUCCACAAAGUGUUGAUUCAAGUGGUAUAUUUGUUCCUCAUAACAGUUACACUUCAGCAGUAGAAAGUGUUGGUUCCCACAAUGGUUGCUCCAGUACUGUCAGCAGUUGUUUCUCCUCUGAUUCCAAUAAAGUUAGGAAAACACCAGGGUGUAAAGCACCACCCCCUACACCCCCACAUACUAGAAACACUUGUACUUAUAUUGCACCUUGUCCAUCGAAAAGUACACCAGAAGAAUUAGAAUUUAAACGACCUUUUACACCAGCUCCACAUAUUGACCAUACAGUCCGAAUCUGUACCAGAAAUCAGGGGGUGACCACUGACACACCUCACAGACCAGCAUCUGUUAGAACUACUUCACAAAAUAGACACUCACUUUUUGUUGUUCCUCCUGGAGUCAUUACAGGACCACCAAAAAUCAAGGACAAAAAAUCUAUAGUGAAAAAAUUGAAACAAUUUAGUAGUCAUUUUUAUAGGAAAACUGAGAAAAUUAAGACUUUGGCAAACUUGUGAAUGUUGUUGUUACCUUAUGUAAAGAGCUAUCUAUAAUUGAGAAUAUAACUUUACUAAGUGACAACAAUUGUUUACUCUUAGGAAUGAAUCUCAAGUGCCCAAGUGAUGACCCCCCAAUUAUGUAUGUAAAUGGGAAAAAAAGUUCUGUACAUUUUGUUAGUAAUGUAUAGUUGUGUGACAUUGUUAUUUAUUAUGUUUCUACAUAUAAUGUUAGAAACCUUUAACUCAAAUGUAUAUAUUUUAUGUAAUUCAAUACUAUUUCUCCAUGUAAAUAUUUGUUUUUAUGCUGCUCAUCCUAGUCUAAGAGUGAUAAGAUUGAAUUUGUCUUAUCAAAGGACAUCUUGUACACUUUCUCUAUUGUGCUGGGUAAUUUAUUCUGUGAUUUACGCAAGUAAAAUGAUCAAUUUAAUAUGAAAUUUUUUAAAUGUAAAACAGUAUAAAAACAAUAUAAAAUUUCAUUUGAACAAUUGCUUAUUUAACUAAAGAUAAUAUAUUUGGGUGUGUGUGUAGAAUUUAAAGUGAUAUACACUAAAAGAAUAUAUUGAUCUAUCUCAAACAAACUUUAUCUCUAAAUGUGCAUUAUACUCUGAUGGUUGUGAUUUACUGUUUGUUCUCUUGUUAAUGCCAAUAAGAAAAUGGUUGAAACAAAAGAUAAAAUCAUUCUCUCACUUCUUCAUUUAUUUAUUGUUGACCAGCAAAAUAAUUGCAACAAAAACAAAAUUGAAAUAAAAAUAAAAUUCCAUUGAUCA